CCUGGUUUAGUCAGGAUGGUGAGAGAUUGGACUGCGAGUGUGUGUGGCUCGUCGUCACUUAAUAUGGUGGUUAACGCGCACCUCGUCCGACAAAUCGUCCGCGACAUGCUUUUUGCCCAACACACGUACACUGUCGCUUUCUCUCAAUUCACAAUCUCAGUCAGGCAAUGUGGGUUGAGCUCCACGACUGCUGAACCUGAAGAUUCGUGUCGACGACAAUCCCGGAAAUCAGCUCGAGGAGAACCGCGCGGGUGUGAAACGUCCCAUUGAAAUAGCUCGCAGGAGCACUACACAUCGACCAUGCCGGCCAACUUCUACAACCUCAAGCCGGAGGAUAUCCUCAGCUGGCCAUCUCCCAAUUACGAGCACCCAUCCGAGCAGAGAACAUGGCUUCCUGCCUUCGCCAUUGUCUGGCAGGUCGUCACCACAAUUCUAGUAUGGGCAAGGUUCUACCUACGAAUGACUCGGAAAGCGGGAGCUUGGGGAUAUGACGAUGGCUUAACCAUGUUUGCAUGGGUGUUUUCCAUUGGCCUGACAACAUUGGCUUGCCUGGAAGGCUGGGCGUUCUACCUCGACCGUCAUACUUGGGAUGUUCCACCCUUCUUCUACUGGAAAGCUGCUCAAGCUGGUUAUUUUGCCCAGCUGGCCUUCCUGUGGAGUACGUUUGGCAUUAAGCUUUCGGUACUUCUCUUCUAUCGUCGCAUGGUCAAAGACACUGUGACGCGUGCGUGGCUGAUCACGAUCUGGAUCUUCAUCGGAAUCACCGUUGGAGCAUACAUCGGCGUGUUCGUCACCUACGUGAACAUUUGCGCUCCACUCGAAGCGUACUGGCUUGCCUAUCGAUUCGAUCCUGUCUAUACUACACCAUUCUCCUGUAUCCAAGGACCGUCAUUUGAUCUCGGCAUUGCAAUUCUGCUCGGAUGCAGCGAUGCUUGGUCUGUCGCGAUUCCGUGCUUAAUGCUGCGACACUACCAACUCGACGUCACAAUGAAGCAAAAGAUCGCGCUUAACAUGAUUUUCUGCCUUGGAUUUCUUGCCACCGGUGCCGGUAUUGCUCGGUCAUACUACCUCUGGCAAAUCGCCCACUCGCCCGACAUCUUCUGGGCGGGCUUUGACCUUUACGUGUGGUCGCUCGUCGAAUGCCACCUCGCCAUCAUUUGCACAUGCUUGCCCUCAUUACGAGCGUUCUUCCGAUACUAUUUUGGCGAAGCGCGUCGGACCAAUAAUGGCAGUGGCAACCGCAGUGGCAACCGCAGCGGCAAUCGAAGUGGCAACCGCAGCGCCAACGACAGCGCCAACCGCGACAGCCGUCGCUACAGUAAACGCAACACCAAGGACUCCUGGCACACAGAGAUGACCAACGUGCGAACCGUCAAGGACUUUCCUCCUCACAGCCCACACAGCCCUGAGUUGCACAGCCCUCCAGCCAGCCCCUUCCCACGGGAGAAGUACAGCCCGGACGUUGUCCUCUAUCCCAAGCACUCAAUAGAGGACAUGUCAUGAAUACGCUCUUUCGUUUUCUUUUCGGAGGAUCUCGGCUACGAUCCUAAUCUUUUUUUUUUUCGCUUCUUUUGGGGAAGGAAUCCUCGCCACAAAAGCAUUCAGCUCGGCCCGGUUGAUUGACCCGUCCCUGCUGCCGUCACGACACUGAAUGAAACGGAUGAACGCCUGUCUUGCUAUCUA